AGACUUCUUCAUAACCUGGCACGAUCCUAAUGUCAGCACCUUGAUUCCUCAGUCCCGGCCUAACACUUUAUCCCCCAAAAAGCAUCCCCAUCACACUGCGCAAGAGGGACUCGUCUCCGUUUACCUUCAAUCCUGAUGGCCGUCCCUACCAUCACCCUUACGCCGCCUCCCGGGCUCGUCCCCUCGGCUACGCCUCCCAAAAUCUACCCAGCUCCGAUUGCCGUCUGCAUCACCAUAGCGGCCGGGCUCCUCGUCAUAGGCGUCAUCUUACACAACCGAAAGGGCAAGCCUGUAUUUCUCGACGAUCGCGUCGGCAUCCCAACACAAGCCCCACAAACCGCACCUCAGCCCGGUGCUGACGACGGAAUCGAGCUUGUUAAACUCCCAGCCAGGCCUAUCAAGCCAACGCCUGUACACCGCCGCGGCUCAACAUCUACGUUUACCACCGUCCCUCGAGAUAUGUACAGCAGUAUGGAAGGCGACUCGAGUAUGGAGAGUCUUAGCGGUUUCCACGGUCAGAAUGCCUCUGACCGAGAUACGAUACCUGGUCGAGGUUUCGGACUCGGUGCGCCCGUGCGGAACCAGUGGCUCAAUGUCCCGUCAGUCAGAUUUAGCCGCGGCGAUGACGAUUUCACUACGGAUGGUCGAUCCGACAAGAGAGUUUCGAUCGCGUUUUCCGGCGGCUUGUUUGGCAGGAGAAGGGAUAGGGAAAGCAGGCUGCCGUUGCCUCCUGGGUAUGCGCGUAGCUAUGAGCCUACAGUGUAUUCGACGCCUGAGGGGCCGCUUCCCGGGGAUAAUUAUUAGCACGAACUAGGUGCAUUGUGUGGUGAGAUGGUUUUACCGGUUGCUAGCUGUGCGUUUGGUCCGCGGAAUGGAGCUGCCGCCAAUUUAAGCGAAACAUGCCAUACACGGUUCGGCAUCGACAUGUGGUGUCGGGAUAGCCGUGGAUGCAAAUCUGAGAAUGUGCUUGUGGGUCAUUAUUUCGUGUAUACCUUCAAAACUGCAAGUUCGCAUCGUCAAGUGCCAGAUC